UUGGUUGGUUGCCUGGUACAGAUGUUCUUCCUCCACACAUUUUCCAUCAUGGAGUCUGCAGUGCUCUUGGCCAUGUCCUUUGACCGCUAUGUGGCAAUUUGCCACCCUCUGAGGUACCACAGCAUCCUGACGCAUUCGCUGGUAGCCAAAGCUGGGCUGAUGGCUUUGAUGAGAGCAGUUGCCUUGGUGCUCCCUUUGCCCUUCCUGCUGCAGAGACUGCCCUAUUGCCACUCACUGACCAUUGCCCACUGCUACUGCGAGCACAUGGCAGUGGUGAGGCUGGCCUGUUCCAACACCCAGUUCAAUAAUAUCUACGGGAUCUUUGGAGCUCUCCUGAUUGCGAGCCUUGACUUGGGCUUUAUUGUUCUAUCCUAUGCCAAGAUCCUUAGUGCUGUCUUGAGCCUGGCUACGAAGGAGGAACAGCACAAAGCCUUUGGCACCUGCCUCUCUCAUAUAUGCGCCAUCUUGGUUUUCUACAUUCCUGUGGUUCUCUCCUCACUCAUACACAGGUUUGGCCACCACGUUCCUGCCUACAUACACAUUCUCUUGGCCAACUUCUACCUGCUCUUCCCUCCAAUGAUGAACCCCAUCAUUUAUGGGGUGCAAACAAAGCAGAUUCGAGAGAGAGCUCUCCACCUCUUCCACCAGCUCUUACGAAAGGCAACCUUGUAA